GCGGGAAAAUCGUUCUUUCUUUUGGCGUGCGUGUUGGAUUCCCUUGGACCUUCGAUGGGCGGAAGACUCUACUACGAUUCUGCCGGCAAUCGAGAUCUCCUGGAGGGCGCCAGCGGUGUUGUCAGCGCCGUGUUGGCAGAAGUGGCACAGCCAACAACCUCCUUUAUUCUUCUUACUGAUGGCACCAGCUCAGCAAGUGCCAUUUCGAAGGUCUUGAGGCAAGUGGAGGCGCCCUAUGGAGUGGGUGUCUUUCAAGCAAUCCCGGGAAAGUCGUUUGGAAACAGCACCCAAGAUCAGCUUUCAGAGGUGAUCAAGCAAGCACGAAAGGUGAGUCCCAUUGAACGUCUGAUGUCCUGGGACGUGUGUGUGGUAUUGGUGAGCGACGACCCUGCUUUCCUCAGUACCUUCGCCGACCUGGCACUUCGAGGCCGCCUGCUGGUGUGGUCCACGAAGCUCCUGCUGGUGACGAGCGUGGCCCUGCAGCAACUCCGCGCCUUCCUCGGGGCCUACUGGGUCUUCUCUAUGAUGAACACCGUCGUGGUGGUUCUUCAGAAUGAGGGGCUGCUCCAAAAAUGGGACAUGUACAGCUAUCUACCCUAUUCUCCCGCCGGGCCACAGCUGGUGUGUGUGGCCACCUGGACGCUAGCUGCGGGUCUGAGGAUUAGAAGUGGACAUGGACUUUUUCCUGAAAAGUUUUCGAACUUCUACGGCGCCAUCGUCAACGUGACAGCCCUUCCCUUCCCUCCCUAUUGGUCCGUCCUCGAGGAACCUUCAGCCUCGUCGCCAGGAAGGUACUCGGGCACAGACUUCCUGCUCCUCGAAGCCACGGCGGAGGCUCUGAACUUCACCUUCAGGGUUGUGCCGACGGAGACUUGGACUGAGGUCGCCGACCGAGUAGUCGAACGAGUGGCCUUCCUGUCGCCGAUCUUCCACAACGUCCUCCCGGCCCGCCUCGACCGCUACGAGUUCUCCUUCGUGUACGAGUUCGGUUCCCUGGACUUCUCCAUGGCCAAGCCGGACCUCAAGCCCCAGUGGCAGAGUCUCUACUACCCUCUGUCGCAUGCCGUGUGGUUGGGGAUCCUGGCGACGGUGGUUGUGGUGCCGCUCUCCUUGUAUGGGAUAAUCCGAGCGGGCAAGCAGCGGGUCGCGACGGGCAACGCGGCGCCGAGCGGGAGACGCCCCUUCACCCUGAACAAGGCGAUGCAGGAGGUCUACGGGCUGUUCCUGGGACAAAACCUCUCGAGGGUCUUCUACACCAGCGUCAGGGCGCGUGUACUGGUAGGGGCGUGGCUGGUGUUCUCCCUCGUGGUUGGCACGGCUUACAGGGGCAACCUCACGGCGUCUCUCACCCUGCCUGUGUACCCUUCGAGGCCUGAGACGCUCGCCCAGCUGGUCCUCGUGGCCGACAGGAUCACGAUGCCAUCCUACGGCGCCGAAUUCAAGUCAUUUUUCGGGAAGUCGGACUCGCCCGUUUUCAAGAGACUUUCCGAACUCAUGCAUAUCGUGUCGUCUGUCGAGGAGGGGCAGAGGCAGGCCAUUGAGGCGAAUCAGGCCCACCUGGACACGAGGCGCUACCAGUUACUCCACAUCGCUCAGAAACUCACCAACGCCGACGGAACCACCAGACUGUACAUAGGAAGAGACAGCAUCAUUCCCGGACAGUCUGCUUGGCCUCUCCCUCACGACGCCCCCUAUCGGCCGCAGGUGGACCGGUGCAUCAUGGCGGUUAUAGAGGCAGGCCUUUACGAGCAAUGGAGCCACAACCUCCUCAGCGAAGCCCGGCGAGAGAGCAGCAGAGAGCAAAGAGAACAAGCCAAGACACAGGAAGAAGGGAACGGAGAAGCGAAAGAAAUAGACAGCAGUAUCGCCGGACGCGCGAAGGCCCUCACCAUAGUACACUUGCAAGGGCCCCUCUUGCUCCUGCUCCUGGGGUUGUGUGCGGCUGCGUUCGUCUUCGCUGUCGAGUGUGCGGCGGCAGCGACUUCGAAGUCCGCUCGACUCUAAAAGUUCAUGGGUUGGAGGCGAAACUUGGGGGGGUUGUUGUUUAUUUAUUUAAUUGAAGUUACUAUUUUUUGUUAUAGUAUUUCUUCGUGUUAUUGUGAAUUCGGCGUUAAAUUGUGAGCCUUGUUAAUGGUUAGGAGUGAGUUAAUGAUUUGGGUAAAGUUUGAGGUUAAAUAGUACUCGAUGUUAUUUGGUGAACUUCCUUGGAUGCCAAAAUGUAGUUGGUUUGUGUAAUGUGUACGAAUGCGAGGAAUACCGACAGCCCAUAAAAAUCCCUAAUCCUAUAUCGUAACGGUAAACACUGGUAUCAUUAAACAAUAAUAUUUCAUGCUUUGGAUUAAGUUCCUGUCGUCGUGACAAUGUUACUGGAUUAAUUAGCCUAAAUCGCACAUACAUGUCCGACUUCAUAACAGUCAUAUUCACAAUAUGUGAUGCUAGAAAAUUUUCGGAGCAAUGUUUUAAUAGGCAGCAGUAGCUUCGUGUUGAGUUUUCUUUAGACAUAUGAACUAAUUGUUUGUAGUUGCUCCGAGGUAAUAUUGCAAGUGUAGUAAUAACAACCUGUGUCAUUAGAACAUAUUUUUAGGUAGUUACUUUUUUGUAGAAUAUUUACUACAUGACUUGUUUUCCUCUUUCUUAUGGCUAUCACUAUUAUAGCUUUAGUGAUGAUUAUUAAAAACAGUGGAAAUGAUAAAUGGUGCAUAUUUUUAAAUUGAUCAUCAAUUAAGUUCCAGAAAUGUAAAUUAGACUUUUUACAUCACUAUUAUCAUCUUCAGAUCGUUUUCUCUCUUAUAUUUCUACAGUAUUUUCUCUUAAGAUCUAACUUGGAAAAU